AUGAUCACCGAACUCGUAUGCGUGACCGUGCGACACGGAGGACGUCAUUAUCAACUAGCCUUCGUCUGCGCCGACUCCAUUGUGAGUUUCGCCCUCGCGAGCGUUUCGCCAAUCAUCAACCGCAUGACCCGAGCAGUACUAAGGGAACGGAUGCCAAUAGAGGAUCAUGUCAGCCCUAAAAUCCAGAGCUUCGCCGACCUCAACGAUGAUGUUCUAUCGCUGAUAUUCGAACUUUUAAACCAUACAGAAAGGUUGAAAAUCGCAGGAUUGUCUCGACAUCUACGAAAUGUACUACUUCCUCGUAUUUUUCGAGGAAUUCGGUGGGCCCCAGGUGUCCAGGACUUUCCUCUCAGAAAGUUAUGGCCGGUCGUUCAGGUCUUUAUGCUCUCUGGGGCUGGUAUCGAAGAGCUGACGCGCGAAAUUCGUCAAAGCAUUGCUGAUCGGCUUUUCGACGCAUUCCCCUCUAUGAACCUUCUUCAUACGUUCAUUUUCACGAAUCACAAGACGGGGGGGAUGUGGCCGGAACUAGUAGAGUCGUUUUCGACUCUACCUAAACCAUGCGACCUGAUAAUCGAUUCAAGUUGGGCGCCAGGCACUGCCGAAGACCCCAUUACAUUGGCACCAGCAACGCCGUCGUUGCGUUUGUCUGGGCUUUCUUAUCCUUUUCCACUCCUUCCUGACGAUGACGGCUGGACCAUGCGUCGCCGUACGCCACGCCUAUUCGACUACGAGUUACCCAAUCUACGCGCUGUCUUGACGGCUGGCUCCGAAACACUGUUGGGAGUCGACAUACCGGGCGAAUUUCUUUCAGCUAUGUUCGCAACACGAUGGAACUCGUUAACUUACCUACACCUAUAUGGAUUCUGGCCAUUGUUCCAAGAUUCUACUACCUUGGCAAUCGAAACCGAGCUAUCCAGCAAGCCUGCCACGUCUACGCAAUUACCAGAGGCUGUUUCCAUACUGGAACCGCCCGCACCCGGCUCCGAUGAUCUUGCUGUUUCUAUAUCAGCAACUGUGAAAGUUCAAGAGAACUCGAGCUCCAGCAUUGGCGAAACUUCACCUACUCAACCGACAGACACAGUGGUUACUACACUUUCCGACUCUGAUGUGGGGCUUUCCGCUCCCUUGGAGAGUGUUACUGAAAUAGCCAGCCACAGUGACGCAGGUACUUCAUUGCCAGCGAUGGCUGCGAAGUCAUCCUUUGAAGAUCUAUCACCUGAUACUUCCCCCAUUGCACCUCGACGACGUCUUCCCAUCUUGUCUGUGCUGAAGAGUAUGCCAAACUUACGCGUCCUCAUCAUGAAACUUCUGCAUCAGGUCAACGACGAGCAACCUGUUGGAGCAAUAAUCUGCGACCAAGAAGCAUCUUCCUCAUAUGAUCCAUUGCUUCCCCAUCUCCUCGAGUUUACAGCGACUUCCCUUUCUAACGAUGAUCGAACGGUUGCUCUCCUUCCGAGCACUUUAGAAGUCUUAUCAUUACAAAAGUAUCCACGAACUAUGGAGCGUGGCACCCUCCGAGCGAUGCCUACACCCUCAGGUCUUCUUGAAAUGCUGCGGUCUGCAUCAUUUCCAGGGCUCGAUACACUCCACUUGUGGUAUCUCAUAGAAUCCUCGGAAGAACUGGAUGCAGAAAAGACGUUGCUCGAUUCUAUUCCUACAAUGUUCCCACUUCUGCAAGAUUUGGAACUCUGUAGGCGAUGGGAUCAUAGCGCCGAGUCGCUUAAAGGGCUUUGGGACCCGUCGCCUCGUUUCCAAAAACUCGCAUCAGAGCUAAAGCAUCUGAAAUUUGUCAUGCUGGAUGCUGCACCGCCAGAACGAUACCACAGACCGCCUGUGCAGCGGUCGACGCGAGAGUUUCGGGAAGUUAUGGUCAACCUCUACGGGAUCGCGCUAGCCGUGGUGCGAGCAGCGCCUUGGAUUCAGAAUAUCGGCAUGUACCGCGCCUACGGUGUGGACCCUGAUAUGUUCUGGGAGUAUUGGGAUGUCGUUGUUUCAGAGGGAACGGCUGGGCUUGAUCGCCCUCCGCCACUAAUAACUGAUUCUCCACAUUACCCUGAUCCCAUAUAA